AUGAAAGGCGUAUCAGGAGCAAGUGGGUCAGGUGCAGACUUGGAUAAAACUCCGGUGCAGUACCGGUGUGCCAUUUUUGUUCAUUUUUCAUUUUUUCUGCUAUUCUAUCCAGGUAAGGUAAGAGACAAUUUCCCUCUUGAAAUGGCCGAAAUUCAAGGAGCUGUGGUGGCAGGAGAUAUUAAUGACGAUGGAAAAAUCGAAUUAGUGACUUCUGAUGUACAUGGAAAUGUUGCUGCUUGGAAUGCUGAAGGAAAGGAAAUAUGGGAAACACAUGUCAAAAGUCUAAUUCCUCAGGGUCCUGUUAUCGGUGAUGUGGAUGGGGAUGGCCAUACAGAUAUUGUGGUUCCGACUAUAUCUGGAAAUAUAUAUGUACUUAGUGGCAAAGAUGGGAAACAUGUUCGUCCAUAUCCUUAUAGAGCAAAUGGAAGAAUUAUGAAUCAGGCUCUUCUUGUUGAUAUGAGCAAACGGGGAGAGAAAAAGAAGGGACUCACCAUUGUCACAACUUCAUUUGACGGUUAUUUAUAUCUCAUUGAUGGACCAACAUCUUGUGCAGAUGUUGUUGAUAUUGGUGAAACUUCGUACAGCAUGGUUUUGGCUGAUAAUGUUGAUGGUGGUGAUGAUCUUGAUCUUAUUGUAACAACUAUGAAUGGAAAUGUAUUUUGCUUCUCUACUCCAUCUCCGCAUCAUGUGCUGAAGUCAUGGAGAUCAGCUUAUCAAGGAAGGAACAAUGUUGCUAGUCGAUUCAACCGGGAGGGGAUUUAUGUCUUGCCUUCACAUAGAAAUUUCCGCGAUGAAGAAGGGAAGAACUUUUGGAUCGAGUUUGAAAUUGUUGAUGCCUAUAGACAUCCAUCUGGUACACAAGCACCAUAUAAUGUCACGGUUACCUUACUUGUUCCUGGUAAUUUUCAAGGAGAGAGGAGCAUAAAACAAAAUCAGAUGUAUGAUAAGCCAGGAAAAUAUCGUAUGAAGUUGCCAACAGUCAGUGUAAGGACGACCGGUACAGUAAUAAUUGAAAUGGUGGACUCCCAUGGUCUCUAUUUCUCGGAUGAAUUCUCGCUUACAUUUCACAUGUAUUACUACAAACUAUUGAAAUGGCUUGUGAUCCUCCCUAUGUUUGGAAUGUUUGUUGUUCUUGUGAUCCUUCGACCACAAGAAGCAGUGCCAUUGCCCUCAUUUUCAAGGAAUACUGACUUGUAAGAGCGGCAUUAAAGCUGUUGCGACAAAUUAUACAUCGAAUUCGAAAGCCUAUACAAAAACUGUGGUUCGAUAACUGUUGGUCAUUUCCUGGCAGAGUUUGCCAUUGAAGUAGGUUUUUUGGGUCUACUGAAUUUGGAAUUAAGUGAUACAUCUUUAACCUUUUCUGAAAGGUCUCACAGUUGAGUUUUGAAAUCUGUAAACUGCCAUCUUAACGAAGAGAAAAAAGCAUAUUGUCCCUUUGGGGUUAUUGACUUGGCUUCAAAUUGUUUACUGGCUUUGGAACUAAGUGGAUGCA